GUGAAGUAUAUAAGUUUUUUAUUAUUAGAUUUUUACUACAUUUUUAUUAUUUGUUUUUUUCAGAGUCAGGAUGAAGGAGCAACUCAGGAGCCAGAAACAAAGCCCACUCCUACAUCCCCCUUGCUGUCCUCACUCCUCAGCAAGUCGCCUAUCACCACUGUGCCAAUUACCAGCAUGCCAGGCUCAUCUACAUUAUCCCCUAUUGGUAUGGGCAGCAGAGGCAUACGAGGCAUGGGAAUUUCUCCAGUGUCAGAAGCUCUGCAGAAUCUGGUGACAUCUGCUAUAUCUGGGACUGACACUGUUGACAAGGACAAGUCUAGUCACAGUUCUCCAGGAUCUGUUUCAUCAACAUUGUCCCUUCUUUUGGAUCUACCUCCUAGUACCCCCGGGGGACCUCUGCCCAGACUAAGUGAUUUACCUGGGCCAACUUAUGAACGCAGGGACCAGGAAAAAAGGGUAAACCUUUCAAAGAAAUUUGAUAAAGAUUCAGAAGGUAAUACUCAGACAAAAGGGUGUAAGGAACCAGAAACUUCAGUUGACAAAACCGUAACAAAAGAAUCAGACAAAACAUUGGAGAGGGAGAAGGAUGCUGAUGAGGUUGACAGGAUGGAUAUAGCAAAAAAUGAUGUUAAGGACAUGGAAGGAGUAGUUACAGGCUGUACUGAGGAAACAGACACACAAAAGCAAGCAUUGGAGGAGACCCCUGAAGAACUGAAAAUUAAGGAAAAGAAUUCACAGGUUUCAGAGGAAAAGGAUGUUGCAAGUUUUAAGAAAGAUAUAAAAAAUAUAAACGAAAAGACAGCUGGUUGUGAAGAUGGAAAGAAGUUAGAGGAUAAAUAUCAUAAAUGUGAGGAGACUAAUACAGAAAAAAAUGAAAGUAAAGAAGAAGAUUCCAUUAAGCAUUUUGAAGAAUCUACAUCAUUCAAAGGUGAUGAUAAAGAACUCAAAGAAGAGAACCCCACUUUGUGUGUAUCUGAGAAGGGAGAAGAUUGUAAAAUAUCUGAAUUUGAUUGCAAAAAAACUGAAGAGGAAAAGCAAAAUGACAUGACAGAAAAUUUGAUGAGUUGCAAGAAAAAGACAGAAGAUGAAGAAGAUUUAGAUAAGAAAAAAAAGUCAUUAGAAGAGGAGCCUUGUAUUAAAAUGCAAAAGAGUGAGGACACAGAACAAGAUACUGAGGUGGAAAAGAAAUUCAAGAAAAGCCAUAAGAGGGAACAGGAAGAGGACCACAAUGAAAACCAGGACAGCAAAGACUGGGUUAGUGAGGAGGAAGGCAGCUUUACAGGUAACAGGAAACGGAAAAUUUCUGGCGGAGAUUUCGUAGGCUCCUCGUCUCCACUUAUCUCAGAGUCUGCUCCCAAUUCACCGGCCUCCACACACUAUGGAGAUGAUUCUGAAAAUGAGCGAGCCUAUAGGUCUUGGAAGAAGCCCAUAAUGAUUUUAUGGAAUGAAAUAGCAGCACACAAAUUUGCUUCCUUAUUUUUGCGACCCAUUACCGAUGACCAGGCUCCAGGAUACCAUUCUGUUGUUCACAGAUCUAUGGAUCUUCAGAAAGUGAAACGCAAUAUGGAAAAUGGAUUAAUACGCACUACAGCGGAAUUUCAACGUGACAUUAUGCUCAUGUUCCUAAAUGCCAAGAUGUAUAACACUAGUGACCACAAUGUGUAUCAUAUGGCUGACCAGAUGAUGCAGGAUGCUGUUUCAACAAUUGAGGAGUUUCUCAACACUCAAAUGUUGGCACGAGCUCAAGAAACACCACAAAAAUCACUCAGAAGGGAAACUCGAGAGUCUUCAGCAAAGAGGAGUGACGAAGAUUUUAAGAGGAAGAGAGACUCAUUAGAGGACAAGGGUCUCAAAAAAAGAAGACUCUGAAUCAAUGGGUGGCGACAUUCUACAGUGGUCCAAUGUAAUCCUGCCAGUCUCCAGUACAGUCUCCAAAUACUGUACUGUACAACACUCCGUCUCCAUCCACCUUCACUGCACUGGAUACAUUCGUCUACCUUCUUCUUGUUGGGGUUCGGUCGGUCACUGUGUGGUCAUCCACCCACCACUGUGUACAUUCGUCCUUAUGCGUCUCGACAGCCAUACAAUCAUAUCUAACCAAAAUAAUUUAAUACCUUGAAUUGACAUCUUUAAGACUACAGUACAAUAUUUCAUCAUAAAAUACCUAAAGAAACCAAUGAUUGUUAUGAAAUUUUAAAUACGUGACUUAAAGCCUUUUGGUGAAUACUACAUAAAUAGUUUCUAUACAAAAUAUUGAACAGUACUUUUAAAAUGUAAUUACUAUCAUAAUUAUAUGUGUAUAAAAAAAGUUUGUUAAAUAUAAGAGACAUCAAGAAAUCAUAGAAUUAUUAAUGGAAUAAACAUCGGUAGGCUGGCA